UAAUUGUAUUAUCUUUCUCUGAACUGUAAAGUAACUCAUGCACUGUAUAAACUAUUCAAAAGCGAGCUAACUACAAGGAAGUCAAGGAAGUGGAACAAACAGCUUCAGUGAACGCUGAAACAUACUCAAAGAAGUCCCUAGAGAACAGAGUUAAGAACAUUUUACCUCAGUGUUAAGGUUGCUGGGGGGGGAAAGACAAAUUCAAAAAUGCAAAUGAACCACAGUAUAGGCUUUUACAUAAAGAGAGAUCCUCCCCUCGGGGGGCCGCAUGAAUGAGAUUUUGAACAGCAGCUGAGUUUUCUAGGAACUUACUGGAAUGUUCCAUGUCCUUUUGCACUUGAGAUUAAACCGACACAUGUCAGUGCAUAGGUUCCACUAAUACCUCUAAGAACUGUUACUUAUUUGAGAGAUGAUUCACCGGUUUCCCGGCUGCCAACUUGGUGCCAUAUCUAAGUUGAGACAAGAGAUCAGGCACAAAGGCGCAAGGGGCCGACACGAGGAGGGGGAGAAAAAAAAAGAAGUGAGAAGAGAUUAUAGUCAGCCUGGGGAUGGCAUGUGAAAUAUUUGAAUUAUUUUGAAUGCAAAAUACAGUACAAAAGGGAGCAGGUGUAGCUAACAAAACAAACAUGCUUGUGUUCCAUGUCAGGGUUCAUGAGCACCGAUGUAUUUCUGUGUGUUAGGGUAUGAGAUCAUGGCAGUGACCUCAGCCUGAUUGAGCUUACACAGCAUCCUAUCCCCAGUCCUGCCCUCCUGUAGUGGGUGGAGCAGGAGCAGUGGAGCUAUCUGUGGACUUGUAAAGUGACAGGACCAGCUGGGGUAUGAAAUACAGUAAGACAGGCAGUUGGUCUGGACGACGCAGACCACGAGCCACCAUAGCGCUCAGUUACAGCAGCCCGCAACUUAACUCAGUGAGGAAAAACUCAGAGCCAAGGUUCAGUGCCAAACAUCAGGAGUUCUACAAGAACCUGUAGAAUUGAUCAUGUUCUGUGCGGCUCAUUCAAGAACCCCGGAGACCAUUCAGCAGCCAUUAUCCUCAGCGAUCGUCCCAAUGUUGGUGAUUCAGCUAAUCGCACGCUGACAUCUUGUUAUAGGCGACAGAAUCAACACUACUGCGAGGACGAUGGGUGGGAAGCAGUCUCGCAGUUUCUCCAACAAGGAGUUGAAUGAGGUGAGUGUGAGCCAAACGAGGAAGAGCAUUAUAAGAGACGAUCAGCCCAGCCUGUCCUCGGCUGCUGAGAGGAUCCGCAGACACACCACAGUUCACUUUGGGUACAGCACUCUCAGCCUGGCCAUGCGGGGGCUCGAUGGGACCCCUACGGAGCUGUGGGAACUCCGAGAAGUGCAGAAGCUAAACUUGUCCAUGAACUGCCUGUGCUCUCUGCCCCCUGCCUUGGGUACUCUGGACAAUUUGGUGGUGCUAAACCUGUGGGGUAACAACCUGACCAGCCUCCCACCAGAGAUCGGCCUACUGAAGAAGCUGCGUGUGCUGUUCGCCUGUCGUAACCGCCUGAGCGAGGUCCCGGAGGAGUUGGGGUCCUGCACCUGUCUGGAGGUGCUCAGCCUGGCCAACAAUCAGAUCACAGGCCUCCCCGGCAGCAUGGCAACCAUGCACAAUCUGACCAAACUCAACCUCAGCCACAACCGCAUCGUUCACAUCCCCACCUGCGUCUACAGCAUGAAGGGUCUGGUCUUUCUCCACCUGGCUUGCAACCGUCUGGAGACGAUCGCGGACCAGAUCCAGAACUUGGUUAACCUGAAGAUCCUCAUCGUGGAGGGAAACAGUAUCCACACGCUGCCUAAGACGCUGUGCUUCCUCAAGUCCUUAGAACUCCUCAAUGUUGACUUCAAUGACCUGCAAAAUGUGCCGGUGGAAUUGUACCUACUGAGCAGGCUUGGGAGGUUGGCCUGCCACCCGCUGGAUAAAGGGCUUCAUAUUAUUCACAACCCCCUGCUUAAGCCUAUCCAGGAGGUCCUGCAAGGAGGACUCAGUGCCCUCUACAACUACCUCAAGCCCACGUGAGGGACUACCAGUGUGUGUGUGUGUGUGUGUGUGCGUUUAAAAGAGUGUGUCGCAACGAUUGCACAAAUCUGGCACGUGGUAGUCAUGCUGUGAGCGACUACAUGAAGAUACGAAUGACCAUAACUCAGUAUUACUAUUUAUACUUUCUGUUUUUUAUGUAAUGCAAAAAGUUAAAAAUAAACAACCAGUAAGUGUCGUGUCAUGUCUAAACAUUUUGUUAAUCCGCAGCAAAGAGGUCAGGACGAGUCGCUCAGCUCACGCAAAAAUUCACAGGUCUACAUUUGGGGUUUGUGUACUGGCCAGUUAAGCUUGUUUGGCCUGCGGUGGUAAGUUCAGCUACAGAUCACCACCCUCUCUGCUGCAUUCAGGUCAUGAGGAUCAGGUGUGUAAAGUCAGUGGAAAGUAUGGUGGAGGAGGGAGUGGGGGGGGGGGGCUU